AUGACGGUCGUCAAGAACCCAGAAGCGGGCGCGAGCUCGUCUGCCCCUCCCCCGCCACCAAGACGGCCCAGCAAUUUGAACCUCGACAGGACGGACAGCGCAGAGGUUCCAGACGCCCUUGUCUCUGACGGGUUCAGCUUGCCUUCGCUAGAGGCCGAGAACGAGGCCCCGCCGGCCUACGGAGACCUUCCCGACCAGCUGCAGUUCAAUCAGGCGGGCUUCGAAGCCGGCGCCAAUGUUACAGGGGAUGGCCGAGUCAACAUCAAUAUCAACCAGAGUGGCAACCGCCUGGCCGAGAUCCUUGCUCCGACGCUACGAAACCAGCUUCUCGCCGACAAGCGACCCCAGGCACCCUUGCCUCCCGCCUACAUUCCCCCGAGCCUCGGAGGCCAGCCGGGCCAGACCCCUCCCCCGCAGCUCAACGUCGUUAUACAGAUUGUCGGCUCACGAGGCGACGUCCAGCCCUUUGUCGCCCUCGGCAAGGUGCUGAAAGAUACCUACGGUCACCGCGUGCGAAUAGCCACGCACGCGACGUUUCAAAAGUUUGUUGAGGAGAAUGGGCUCGAGUUCUUCUGCAUCGGCGGCGAUCCCGCCGAGCUCAUGGCCUUCAUGGUCAAGAACCCUGGUCUUAUGCCCGGCUUCGACACACUCAAGAGCGGAGAGGUUAGCAAGCGCCGCAGAGGCAUCCAAGAUAUUCUUCUCGGAUGCUGGCGCUCUUGUAUCGAGGCGGGCAACGGGUUAGGUCCGCCACCGAAACCGCAUGCCAAGGACCAGCCGCUGGACGAGCACUAUGGGAUACCUGGGGACCCGACACAGAAGCCCUUUGUGGCUGAUGCCAUCAUUGCGAACCCGCCGAGUUUUGCGCAUAUUCACAUAGCGGAGAAGAUGGGAAUUCCGUUGCACCUGAUGUUCACCAUGCCGUGGACGCCUACGCGCGCCUUUCCUCAUCCGCUAGCCAACAUUCAGUCGACGAACACAGACACGGUCAUGACCAACUAUGUUUCCUACGCCUUGGUUGAAAUGAUGACAUGGCAGGGCCUCGGCGACGUUAUCAAUCGAUUCAGAGACAAGGCGCUGGAUCUGGAGCCCAUGUCGCUGAUUUGGGCCCCGGGUGUAUUGACGAGAUUAAGGAUCCCCUACACGUAUUGCUGGUCUCCGGCACUGAUUCCCAAGCCGAACGACUGGGGUCGUGAGAUCGAUAUUUCAGGAUUCUACUUUUUGAACCUGGCCUCGGCGUUUACCCCAGAACCUGAUCUAGCUGCGUUCUUGGCUGCUGGGCCUCCUCCCGUCUACAUCGGGUUUGGCUCUAUCGUGGUUGACGACCCAAAUGCUUUGACCAGGAUGAUUUUCGACGCUGUUCACCAGACUGGUGCACGCGCGCUGGUCUCCAAGGGCUGGGGCGGUCUAGGCGCGGAAGAUGUUGGGCUUCCAGAUGGGGUCUUCAUGCUGGGCAAUGUACCCCACGACUGGUUGUUCAAGCAUGUGUCAGCUGUCUGCCAUCACGGUGGCGCAGGAACAACUGCCGCAGGUAUCCAGGCAGGCAAGCCCACCAUCAUUGUGCCGUUCUUUGGUGACCAGCCGUUCUGGGGAGCCAUGGUCUCGAGGGCGGGUGCUGGUCCGGAUCCCAUUCCUUACAAGGAGCUCACGGGAGACAAGCUCGCGGAAGCCAUCAAGUUUGCGAUUAAGCCCGAAACCCAGGCCAGAGCCCAGGAGCUUGGCCACAAGAUUCGCGAGGAGAAGGGUACUGAUUUGGGUGGUAAGAGCUUCCACGACCACUUGGAUACCGACGAACUUAGGUGCUCUAUUGAGCCCAGUCGGGCGGCUGCUUGGCGUGUAAGGAGGACGAAGGUCCGUUUAAGCCCCAUGGCUGCCGCGGUCCUGGUAGAAAGGGGCCUGAUCAAGUAUUCUGAUCUUAAGCUCUACCGGCCAAAGGAGUACAUUACGGAGGGCCAGCCGUGGGAUCCUAUCUCCGCAGUCUCAACAUCGCUCGUCGCAGAUAUUAGCAGUAUCGGUAUGGCUGUGGCCGAUUUCCCCAGAGAGCUGUUCAAGAGUCGAAGCAAAGAAGACAAGACGCCUGAGACUUCUACGCCUUCUCUCACGGAAGCCUCCUCAAGCAAGCAAUCUCUACAUCAGAGUGAUAAGGCAUCGAUUGCGGCUCCAAGCACGCACGCAUCGGAGUCUUCGACACAGCUGGGCCUCAUGGAAAUGGAGGGCUCUACCCCGACGCUGCCGCAAUCUCCACAGCCAGACACAGCAUCUUUAGCACAGUCUCAGACGGCCUCCACUGCUCCUUCUAUGGUUUUCAGCCCUCCUGAUGGUGCGUCGAUUGCUCGUAGCGAAACUACUCCAUCAGAACAUGCGUCAACGACUCAAUCAGUAAGACCGUCCAACAGUCCGGCGAAAAGGUCGUUCAAAGAAUCGAUGCCUGCAAACGUGGGUGUCGAUGCUGCCGUAGCAGCUGGAACUAGCGUUAGUCGCAUCGUUACUACCGGUGUGAAGACACCAAUGAACGUGUGUCUCGGCUUGGCAAGGGGUUUCCGGAAUGCCCCUCGACUGUACAACGAUGACACUGUCCGGCCGCCCGAGAAGGUGACGGACUUGGCAAGCGGUAUCAGAAUAGCUGCCAAGGAAUUCGGCUACGGCAUGUUUGACGGCAUCGGUGGACUCGUCACUCAGCCGCUGAAGGGCGCUGAGAAGGAAGGUGGGAUAGGUCUCAUCAAGGGCUUUGGCAAGGGCAUUGGAGGCUUGAUCCUCAAGCCCGCAUCUGCUGUAUGGUCCGUCCCGGCGUACACCAUGCAAGGUGUCCAUGCGACUCUCCGGAACGCCUUUUCUAGCAGUGUCCAGAACUACAUCAUUGCGUCUCGCAUGAAGCAGGGACAAAUGGACAUGGACAGUGCCAGCGUCGCGGAACGCGAAGACGUCGUUGUGCGUUGGAAUAAUGUCAAGUUUGAUCUAAAGAACUUCCAGGCCAUGAAGUUGAAGGAACAGCGAGAGAAGCAGAGGGCUGAAGGCGAAGGACCCUACGGACAACCCGAAAAGAGUCUCACAGCCCCGGUCACGGGCUGGGCCCACACGAGAAAAUUGUCCUUUGAGGAAAGGAAACAGCUUCAUGCUCGGAAAGAGGCAUGGAAAAAGGGUCAUGUCGAGGCUAUUGUCCCUGCCUCGAGGUCGGAUUUGUCGCUCUCGGAGCCUAGCUCAAUGAGUGCUGCCGAGGACGAAGAAUUUGAGCGCGCCAUCCGCGUAUCCGUCGCAGAAACGUCGCGCGGCAACGCCGAAGAAGACGCUGCGGUCGAGCAGGCUAUCCGCACAAGUGUCAAUCACUUCCGCAGCUCCGGAGUUCCUGACAUACGGGCCGAGAAGGCCGCGCCCCUCGAUAGAGACGCUAAGAACCAGGACCAGGACCCGUUCUCAAGCGCCGAGCUGGAGAUCACGGACGAGGAGUACCAGCGGCUCAUUGAGGAGGCCAUCAACCAGAGCAUGUCUCUCAAAGCCGCCGGGGUACAGCCAGGCGAGGGAUCGCACGGCGACGAUGAAGAAUUCCACCGCGCCCUCGAGCAGUCCAAGAUUGCCCAGCAGCAACCCCCCGCACACGAAGACGACGAGGAGCUGCAGCGGAUCCUGGAGGAGUCCAAGAGGCAGCACGCAGAGGGCAACACAAAUGAGGAGGAGGAACUGCGCAAGGCGAUUGAGGCGUCGGAAGCCGCGCACAGGGAGCAGCAGAACAAGGACGCCGCGGCGCGGACAGAGGAGGAUGUCGUGAUGGAGUAUGUCAAGAAGCAGAGCCUUGCCGAGGAGGAGUUCCGGCGAAAUGCGUCAAAGGGUAAGGGACGCGAUGUUGCGGCGGACGUUGAUGAGGAUGAGGAUGAGGAGCUGAGGAGGGCGAUGGAGGAGAGUUUGAAGAUGAGUGGACGGCCGGGAGGGUCGAGCUCCUACCAGUGA